AACUGAUGGUGCUUAAUGUAUAACUUGAAUCUGUAUCAAUAGAUGAGAAUGAAUAUCUUGCCUUAUAGGAAGAUAAGUUGUUAAAUAAAAUGAAGAAAAAACAAGUAUGAUAUCAUUUAUAAUGGAGGAACGAGAAUUAGAAUAAUUAAAAUUAUAUGAACAAUAAAAAGCAGAAUAAGAGAAACAUAAAUUCUCUAUUCUUGAAUAGACUAAAUCUAAAUAAUAGUAAGUUGAAGAGACUUUGAAAGAAAAGAAAUUAUUGGUAAAAUAUAAUAUAUAUGUAUAUAUUAUAGAUUGAAUUAAAGAAGAAAGAAAAAGAAAAGGAGAAAUUAAUUCAAAUUUAGAAGAUAGAAUAAGGUCAUUUGAAAGAAUUAAAAUAAAUUGAUUUAUCAAAUGAUAAAGUAUUGGAGUAACUUAAUGACCAUUAAAAUAAUAAAGAAACUAUUUUAACUAAUAGAAAUAAAAAAUCAACUGUUAAAAAGUAUUAGAUUUAUUGUAAAUCUAAGAAUAGCAGAAGGAAUAGUAAAAACAUAAUAGGAAGAGAUUUUAAUCAAAAAAUUACAAUUAGAUAAGAAUUAAAAAGAAUAAGAGGAAUUAUGGAAGGAAUUAAAUGAUAAAAAAGAAAUGAUAUUGAAUGAAUUGAAAUUAGCUAAGAAGAAAUAAAUUAAGAAAAUCAAAUAAAAAAAUGAAGAAGAGAAAAAUGCUUAUUAUUAAGAUAAAUUAUAAAAGAUAGAAUAAUAUAAAAAGAAAUUAGAUGAAAUAGAAGUUAAUUAAUAAACUAAAUAGGAAAUGUUAGAACAUAAGAAAAAGGAAAAAUUAGAAAAAUUGAAAAAAGUUAUGGUAUGGAUAUUUCAAUUUAUUUUAAAUUAGUAAAACUAUAAAAAAAUUAUGGCUGAAAAAAAUGACAAGGCAUAAAUGAAAGUAUAAUAAGUAGAAGAGAAAAUAAAUUCAAUAUAAGAGAAAUUAAAAUAAGCAGAGGAUAAGAUAGAAGUAUUUGAAAUGGAUAAAAAUAAUCAUAGAAAAAAUGUAAUAUUAAAUACUUAAUUAUAGAUAAAAUCAAAGAAUGGUAAUAUUUUAAAUAAUAAAAAUGAAACAUUUUAAGAAAAGUUAAGAUUAAAAGAUGAAGAACAUUUAAAAUCAAUUACUGAAACAUAAUCCUUAACUAGAUUAAAAUUAGAAUAAGAAAAAUAGAAAAAAGAAGAAAAAAUUAAAGAACAUAAAUAAAAAGCAGCAGAAAUGCUUAAAGAGAUUGUAGAAACAAAAAAUAAAAAAUUAUAAGAGAAAUUAGAAAAGGCAUAAUAAUUUAAAGAUGAUAAAGAGAAAUUAUUUUAAUAACAAUAAAUGUUAGCUAAAGAUAUUGAACGAUAAAAAAAAUAAAUAUUACUGAAGAGUCCUAAAAACAAAAAUUUAGAUUAAUGA